UUUUAAACGCCAUCCAUAGACGAUUUUGGGUUAAUUACUUGUAAUUUGUAAAGGACAUACACAUAAUAUUCUUUCGCGAAGGCGGGCAAAGCAUUCCCGCGUCCUUUCCGAUAGUGCAUAGCCAAGACCUCCGGUCACCGGUAAUACCAUCGCUGCCGUGUCUGUGCGAUUCAUUGCUCAUCUACAAUCGAGUUUGAACUAGCCAUACCUAUCGACGCAGAUUUGUACUUUCAGCCUCGCAAAAUCUCCUUUUUGUUGCCCUAGGCGGUCUGAUUUAACAAACCCAAUUCGCAACUAUGACUGAGUAUUGGGUUAGCCAGGGUAACAAAUGGUGCGACUUCUGCAAAAUAUACAUAUCCAAUAACCCUACUAGCAUUAGAAACCAUGAACUUGGUCAGCGUCACAAAGAUAAUGUUUCAAAGAAGCUUGCGGAUAUGCGGAAAGACAAGGCUGCUAAGGAGAAGGAAGAAAAGGAAGCAGCCAGACUUCUGGAGCAAAUAGAAACAAAAGCUAAGCGCAGCUAUCAGAAGGACGUGGCAAACUUUAAGGAGGCUAGAGAUUCUCAUGAAUUAGAUGUAGAUGAUCAAGAGAAAUGGGAGUAUGACAGCACUUCAGGGUAUUAUUACAAUCAAACAAAUGGUUUUCACUAUGAUCCAAACUCAGGCUUCUACUAUUCUGAUACUAUCGGAAAGUGGGUGUCACAAGAAGAGGCACGCUCAACACCUCAGUUUGCAUCAAGUUCUGGAUAUAAAGAAUCAAUUUUUAAAAAGCCAGUUUCAGCUUCAUCGUCAGGACUAGUUAAAGAAAACAAAAACGCCGCUAAAGGUCAAGAAAGGCCUCCACCUGGGCCAGUUGUUUCAGCUUCUUUAAACCCCAUGAGAUCAGUUAAAGGUGCUCCUUCAUCUCUUACUGUUGGCAAAAGAAAGAGGCUAGAUGGGAGGCCUAAGGUGGUGUCGAAAGAAGAAACAGCUGCACUCAAAGCAAGGGAGGCUGCAAAGAAGAGAGUGGAAGAGAGAGAGAAGCCAUUGCUUGGCCUUUACAGACAUUAGUUUGACUGCCUGAGGAAGCUCCCUUCGUUAGCACCAGAAAUGUCCGUAAUUCUUUCCUUUUAAUAACUUUUAUCAAGUCACUGAAUAUUUGUUCUGUAACUUUCCAGUGCAUCGGUCGGGUUACUCUGUAUAAUAGCUCUUCAUUAUUCGUAGCAAAGAAAAAAAAAAAGCUCCUCAUUAUCAAGCUUCUUACAGUUGCCUACGUUUGAUGAUAAACAUGGAAGGUUUAUGGGCCUGCUGUUGUACUAUUUCCGUUGAAUCUAUUUUGUUACUUGUCAAGACAAUCUACUCUGGGUCCAAAGGAACAAUGCUUCUGAUUGUUGGUUUUACUAUAUUUACUAGAGAAAUUUAUAUAAUAGUGGACGUUUUGAAUUAUUA